AUGAAUUCAUAUUCAUCGGGCACCAAAACGUGGAUUCGCAUCAGGACUAUUGUGAGGGGCUCGCCGUACUUGAGGGUAGGUAGAUGCUUAUAUGAUGACAGCACUUUUGCUUGACCCAUGAUUUCUUUCACCAAGAUCGCUGAAUUUUUGCCUUCGUUUCAAUUUACUGUGACCCUUUCUCCUAUCAAGCUCGUGGGUCUUCGGGACGUCUGCGUUUCCGCAAUGGUGCUCGCGCGGCUUCCAAUGGACAGAUAUAAUUGCUUUCAAUGCCCUCUGCCACGUACUCGUGAUUGGUCCGUCAUCGACAUCAACGUUGACUGGAUGUGGAGGGUGCCAACGAUCGUACCUCGUCCCCCUCUGCCAUGCGCUGGUCCCAGAUUGAGAAAAAGUCUGGCUUCUUUAAUCCUAUUUAACUCCGCAUCUAGUAAAUAUGCAAUGUUGCCUAUUUAAGUUGCUUAAUUUUCACUGGGGCCAUAAUUACGCCGUGAAAGUCGUUAGCGUGACCAAAGUGAUGUUACUAUCCGAGCUAGCUUGGGGCUUUUCGCUGUCAAGAAUUGACUCGAUGUGGCAGUUGGGUUCGGUGAUAUGGCGUGGGCGAGCUAUCCCGAUCGCCGGUGCUUCACUCCCAACCGCAAGAUGGCGCGGCAUCGGGGAGUGCCUUACGGCGCCGGAAGGGUUGCAUGAGUCUGAGGGUUUGGUCACAAGUCUAACAGCGAAAGUGGCUUCAGUGUUGGGAAGAGCAAACGAAUUCGGGCAGGGGAAUACUGGUUCAGCGUGGGUGUGGGUUAGGUGACGCCGCGGGGACGCUGAUUCGCGCGUGAAUCCGUUUGUGGUGUAUUUGCCACACCGCCUUACUAGGCCUGAUGCCGGGAAGACGGCGAGUGGCUAGAGCGACGUGGACACGCGCGCAGGCGUUAGUGCGCGAGAAUAUGUGUUUAUCUGCACAGUUUUUGUUAUUCCCCUUGUACUUCCUUCAUGUUAUUUCCUUUCUAUUUCCUCAAUAUGCUCCCUCUGCAUGUAACCAAUAGGGGCCUAAGAGGCACACCUACAUUACCUGAAAUACUGAACGAGCCAUUGCAGCGGGACUUGGGGGGAGGGGUCAGUUAUCCCGUUAGUUGGCAUUAUUGCAAGCCGCGUCUUCUAGCGCACCGAGAUGGAUUCAAGUCUUAGAUUGUUUAUGGUUGGGAAUUGGCGAUCUGAUUGUCGACCUAACUCUUCCCACUCUCAGGCAUCAGUCCACUGUCCCGGGCGGCCAGCCAUGUGACGCGGGACUGGGGGCAGCCGCUGACAUAGCUAGAGAGCCGGAAUGCCACACGAUCGGGCCUCCACAGCGCCGGGUUUCUCAUAAGGGUGGGGACUUCGGAUCUCAAAUGCGUGAGGGUGCCUUAUUUGUCAUAUGA